AUGGAAGAUGUAAUGCCAAAUCUGAAAGCGUAUCUUCCGAAAUGGUCAACAUCGAAUCAAGUCAACAUAAUCGGUGUUCUGAAUUGUCAACAUACAGAAAUCUCUGAAAGUGUUAUCGCUGAGUGUAGAGCGUUCAACGCAAUGCGAAAAUUGAUAUAUGUAACGUCAGAAGCGUCCAAGUCAUUUGCAAAUCUGUUGGCGUUAUGUGCGUCGUCCACUCCGAGUAAUAGCAAUCGCAGUGAAGCGUUUCAACUAACAUCAAUCACACCAGUCGAUUCACAUCCUCAUACCGAUUGUUUUGAGUGGAUUAUUGAAUUGAAUCGUAAUGGUUGUACUGCUUAA